AAGUGCUAUUAUUCCUACCAAAAUGUCUAAGCAAAGUAUAAUGUUUCACCCGAUAAUAAGCUCAAUACAACGAAUAGCUCUUUACGAAACCAAAGCUAGGUUCUACUUGAUAGGUUCUAAUAACACAGAAACGAGGUUUCGUGUCCUGAAGAUCGACAGAACUGACCCUCGAGAACUGAUACUGGUUGACGACAAGUUCGAGUACAACAAACAGGAGAUACAUCAGUUACUCAACAUGAUAGGGUUUGGGAACAGAGCGGGCAGAACUGGCCUUAACAAACUUGUAUCAGCAUUUGGAAUUGUUGGUUUCAUAAGAUUCUUAGAAGGCUACUACAUAAUAUUAGUAACGAAAAGAAGAAAAGUGGCUGUCAUUGGUUCACAUUCCAUUUACAAAAUAGAAGACACAGCUACAAUAUACAUUCCUAAUGAGAGCAGUAAGCCUCCUCACCCAGACGAGCAGAGAUACUUGAAAAUGUUCCUAGCCAUAGACUUAUCUACAAACUUCUAUUAUAGCUAUAGUUAUGAUGUGACUCACACACUACAAAUGAAUAUGGCACCUCCAAGGCAGCUGGCCCCAGCUUUAUUUCCUAAGCCUGUGACAGCAGCGGUGUACCACAUGAAUCUUAGAUCUUCUACCAGCCAGGAAACUGAAGAGAAGUGUGAGUGUAACAAGUAUGAUGAUAAUGAUGAAGAUAUAUUUGAAACUUGGAAGAGUCAGUUGGAACAGAGGCAAAAGUCUGGUUGUCAGCAAAAUCGAUUAGACUUUGGUGUGCGCACAGUACCAGAAUGGAGAUUUGUGUGGAACAGUCAUUUACUAUCAGCAGUACAUUCACACCUACACCCUGACUGGAUCCUGUACAUAGUACAUGGCUUUAUAGAACAGAGCAAUUUAAACAUAUUUGGGCGACCAAUAUACCUCACACUCAUAGCAAGGAGGAGCAAUAGGUAUGCAGGCACAAGGUUCCUGAAGAGAGGAGCAAACAUGCAUGGAGAUGUAGCCAAUGAGGUGGAAACUGAACAAAUUGUUCAUGAUUCAAUGGUUUCAUCAUUUGCAGCUGGCAGAUUCAGCUCAUUUGUUCAAUUGAGAGGAUCAAUACCCAGCUUCUGGUCCCAAGAUGUAUCCAAAAUGGUGCCAAAACCAGCAAUAUCAAUUGAUUUAAGUGAUCCAUUUGCUGAGAUACCAGGCAAGCAUUUAAACAAUCUGAUGAGAAGAUAUGGUUCUCCAAUUAUGUUCUUGAAUUUAGUGAAGAAAAGAGAGAAGAAGAAGCAUGAAUCUCUGUUAACAGAUGUGAUAAGUAAUGGAAUAAAAUAUUUGAAUCAGUUCCUGCCGCCUGAGCAUGCUGUACAGUAUUAUCACUUGGAUAUGGCUAGGACUAACAAGAGAUCUGAUGCUAAAGUUUUGGAUAAGUUAUCAGCUAUAGCUCGUACGGUAGUCCGCAAGACGGGCGUGUUCCUGAGCGCGGACGCGUACGGCGAGGCGGCGGGCGCGCCCGGCCACCGCGCCGGCCGCCUGCAGACCGGGCUGGUGCGCGUCAACUGUGUGGACUGCCUCGACCGCACCAAUACCGCACAGUUCGCUAUCGGCAAGUGCGUACUGGCAUACCAGUUAUACGCCUUGGGACUCAUAGGAGAACCGAAUAUAGAGUUCGAUUCUGACUGCGCCAGGCUGCUUGAAGGAUUGUAUGAAGACCAUGGAGACACGUUAGCGUUGCAGUACGGAGGCUCACAGUUAGUGCACAGAAUAAAAACAUAUCGUAAAACGGCUCCAUGGUCGUCUCACGGCAACGACAUAAUGCAAACCCUGAGUCGGUACUACUCCAACACGUUCUCUGAUGCUGAGAAGCAGAACACCAUGAACUUGUUCCUCGGGCUGUUCAUACCGGACCCCGCUAGAGCACCCAUAUGGGAGUACCAGAGCGACUACUAUCUACACCACCCUGAGGCUAUGGUUUAUAUACCUAGAAACAGAUCACUAACAAAAUGGUGGGAUGACGACGUGCUCCGCCACUUACCGCUGCCGUGCAACGAGAUGCGGAAGCUUUGCUGCGAGAUCAUCGGCAUGCAGGGCGACAGCAGCAGCACCAUAGAAAUGGUGGACCCGUACCAUGACUACAAUAGACCCUUCGAGUAUACCGUCCUUAUGGAGUGCUUCGAAUUUAAAAUGUUCCACACGCUCCGCGACUUGGCUCCUACGUUCUCCGAAAGUUUUAGUCCAUUCGUAGUGAGGGGCCGCGCGAUGGGACAGACGAAAGGCCCGACCUCUAAGAACCCGGUGAUCAGUGGGCGUUCAAGUACAACGUCCAAUAAUUCUAGCGAUUCCAACGGAGAUUCAUCAACCGACGACGACUUAACGAACUCAACGCCAAGCACACGUUUGUCAGUGCCCUCGCCACUCACUGUGGUGGCCAAAGUUUUAAAGGCAGAGGAAGUCGAGGAAACGCCAUUGUUCCCAGCUAUUAAACGACGCAAUAGGGUACUAUUGAAUGAACCUAAUAAACGUGACAUGGUCAUGUAUAAAAGGUACGUGAACUUCGAACGGCGUUCAAAUCCUCGGUACAAGUCGGAUAUCCACGUGGUGAUGACUGUUAACAGUGCGUUCACCAUCGACAGCUCAGUAGACGUCAUACCGCCGACCGUCUCCAAGGCUUCUCGCGAAAUAUACCAAGAUUAUGUACAAAAAAAUACCGGCCGACUGAAUGUAAAUGUCAAUUCUGUUGCAUUAUAUCAGAAAUACGUUAAUUUUAGUUUGUAAUGAAAUGUAUUUAUUUGAUGUAUUAUAUAGAUGUAUGCACGAGUUACAAUAAAUUAAUAAAAGAUAUUUAUAAUUGCCAAAA